UGGGUCUGAGCCCUCUCCUUCCUCUGCACCUGUGGUCCCGAUGCCCAGGUCCACUCCCUGUCUCUCACCCCACGCCCUCUAUCGCGGACCUCUGCACCCCUGGGUGGCUGUCCCCCCUUUGUCUCUGUAUCGCAGCCCUUUCCCCGCCUCCCGCUGACGUGUCUCGGGGACUCCCGCCCCAGGCUGGGCAGGGAAGUGGCGGAUCCGGUUUGUGCAGGGCGGGCCUGGAAGGGCGUGGAGGGACUGUAGGGAGCCCGAAGGGCUCGGACGUUGCGUGGCCGCGGCAGCAUGGUGGGCCCCGAGAAGGAGCAGAGCUGGAUCCCUAAGAUCUUCAGGAAGAAGAUCUGCACGACGUUCAUAGUUGACCUCUCAGAUUCCGGAGGGACCUUAUGCCAGUGUGGGCGUCCCCGGAGUGCCCACCCCUCAGUGGCUGUGGAGGAUGCAUUUGGCGCGGCCGUGGUGACCGUGUGGGACAGUGACGUGCACACCACAGAGAAGCCCACUGACGCCUAUGGGGACCUGGACUUCCAGGGCGCCGGUCGCAGGACUAGCAACUUCCUCCGGCUCUCUGACCGUACGGAUCCGGCGACAGUCUAUAGCCUGGUCACCCGGGCGUGGGGCUUUCAAGCUCCGAACCUGGUGGUGUCAGUGCUGGGGGGUUCAAGUGGCCCUGUCCUCCAGACCUGGCUGCAGGACCUGCUGCGACGUGGCCUGGUCCGGGCUGCCCAGAGCACAGGGGCCUGGAUCGUCACCGGGGGGCUGCACACAGGCAUCGGCCGGCACGUUGGCGUGGCUGUGCGGGACCACCAGACGGCCAGCACGGGGGGCACCAACGUGGUGGCCAUGGGAGUGGCCCCCUGGGGUGUGGUUCGGAAUAGAGACUCCCUCACCGACCCCAAGGGCUCGUUCCCUGCCAAGUACCGGUGGCACGGUGACCCUGAAGAUGGGGUCGAGUUUCCCCUGGACUACAAUUACUCGGCCUUCUUCCUGGUGGACGAUGGCACCCACGGUCGCCUGGGCGGGGAGGACCGAUUCCGCCUGCGGUUUGAGACCUACGUGUCGCGGCAGAAGACCGGGGUGGGAGGGACGGGAAUCGACAUCCCAGUGCUGCUCCUCCUGAUCGACGGUGACGAGAAGAUGCUGAAGCGGAUUGAGGAUGCCACCGAGGCUCAGCUCCCCUGCCUCUUGGUGGCUGGCUCUGGGGGUGCUGCUGACUGCCUGGCAGAGACCCUGGAAGACACCCUGGCUCCGGGGAGUGGGGGAGUCAGGAGAGGUGAAGCCCACGAUCGGAUCAAGCGUUUCUUCCCCAAAGGGGACCCUGAGGUCCUCCACGCCCAGGUAUGACCCUGGGAUCUUGAGAUGGGCCGGGGCUGGGGACCAGGACUACUAGGUCCCGGGGUGGGGGGGCGGGGAACAGACUCNNNNGAGACCAUCGUUUUGAAGGCCCUCGUGAAAGCCUGUGGGACCUCUGAGGCCUCAGCUUACCUUGACGAGCUGCGUCUGGCUGUGGCUUGGAAUCGGGUGGACAUUGCCCAGAGUGAACUCUUCCGGGGGGACAUCCAGUGGCGGUCCUUCCACCUGGAGGCGUCCCUCAUGGACGCCCUGCUGAAUGACCGGCCCGAGUUUGUGCGCUUGCUCAUCUCCCACGGCCUCAGCCUGGGCCACUUCCUGACCCCGACACGCCUGGCGCAGCUGUACAGCGCAGCGCCCCCCCACUCCCUCAUCCGCAGUCUCCUGGACCAGGCGUCCCACUGGUCGGGCACCAAAGGCCAGUCUCUAAAAGGGGGUUCUGCGGAGCUCCGGCUGCCCAAUGUAGGCCACGUGCUGAGGACACUGCUGGGAGAGACGUGCGCCCCGAGGUACCCCUCCACUGACGUCCGGGACCCUCACACCGGCCAGGGCUGCGGGGAGAGUGCUUGUCUGCUCUCGGACUGGGCCACCUUGAAACCUUCGAUGGACGCUGCCUUUGGGCAGGCUCCCUGGAGUGACCUGCUCCUCUGGGCGCUGCUGCUGAACAGAGCCCAGAUGGCCAUGUACUUCUGGGAGAAGGGCACCAACGCUGUGGCCUCGGCCCUGGGGGCCUGUUUGCUGCUCCGGGUGAUGGCCCGGCUGGAACCUGAGGCGGAGGAGGCGGCGCGGCGGAAGGACUUGGCCGUCAAGUUCGAGGGCAUGGCCGUCGAUCUCUUCGGCGCGUGCUACCGCAGCAGCGAAGACAGGGCUGCCCGCCUCCUGCUGCGCCGCUGCCCGCUGUGGGGGGACGCCACCUGCCUCCAGCUUGCCAUGCAGGCCGAUGCCCGGGCCUUCUUUGCCCAGGAUGGGGUGCAGUCCCUGCUGACGCAGAAAUGGUGGGGGGAGAUGGACAGCACCACACCCAUCUGGGCCCUGGUUCUCGCCUUCUUCUGCCCCCCACUCAUCUACGCCAACCUCAUCACCUUCAGGAAUUCAGAAGAGGAGUCCACACAGAAGGACCCAGACUUAGACAUGGGUUCGGGCAUUAACGGGGAAGGGCCCGUUGGGCCCAAGGACGCCCCUGAGAAGGUGCCUCUUGGUGGGCAGCGGCAGCCAAGGUCCCGGGGUUGCUGCGGGGGUUGUGCCAGGCACGGGUGCCUGCGCCACUGGUCCCACUUCUGGGGGGCACCGGUGACGGCCUUCCUGGGCAACGUGGUCAGCUACCUGCUGUUCCUGCUGCUCUUCGCCCACGUGCUGCUCCUCGACUUCCAGCCGGCGGCGCCCGGGCCGGCCGAGCUGCUGCUCUACUUCUGGGCCUUCACGCUGCUCUGCGAGGAGCUGCGCCAGGGCCUGGGUGGCGGCUGGGGCAGCCUUGCCAGUGGGGGGCCCAUGCCUGGCCAGACCCCUCUGCGCCACCGCCUGCAGCUCUACCUCGCUGACACCUGGAACCAAUGUGACCUGGUGGCGCUCACCUGCUUCCUCCUGGGUGUGGGCUGCAGGCUGACUCCAGGCCUCUACGACCUGGGCCGCACGGUCCUCUGCCUGGAUUUCAUGGUCUUCACGCUGCGCCUGUUGCACAUCUUCACGGUGAACAAACAACUGGGGCCCAAGAUCGUCAUCGUGAGCAAGAUGAUGAAGGACGUGUUCUUCUUCCUCUUCUUUCUUGGUGUCUGGCUGGUCGCCUAUGGCGUGGCCACCGAGGGGCUCCUGAGGCCUCGGGACCGUGACCUCCCGAAUAUCCUGCGCCGGGUCUUCUACCGGCCCUACCUGCAGAUCUUCGGGCAGAUACCCCAGGAGGACAUGGACGUGGCCCUCAUGGAGCACAUCAACUGCUCGUCGGAGCAGGGUGCCUGGGCGCGCCCACUCGGGAGGCAGGCCGGCUCCUGCGUCUCGCUGUAUGCCAACUGGCUGGUGGUGCUGCUGCUCAUCAUCUUCCUGCUGGUGGCCAACAUCCUGCUGCUCAAUUUGCUCAUCGCCAUGUUCAGCUACACAUUUGGCAAAGUACAAGGCAACAGCGACCUCUACUGGAAGGCACAGCGCUAUAGCCUCAUCCGGGAAUUCCACUCUCGGCCUGCACUGGCCCCGCCCCUUAUCAUCAUCUCCCACGUGCGCCUCCUCAUCAGGCGACUGUGCAGGCGUCGCUGGGCCAACUUGCCCUCAUCCCCGGCCCUCAAGCAUUUCCGUGUCUCCCUCUCGAAAGAAGAUGAGAGGGAGCUAAUGACAUGGGAAUCUGUGCACAAGGAAAAUUUCCUUCUGGCACAAGCACGGGACAAACGGGAGAGUGAUUCUGAGCGACUCAAGCGCACGUCGCAGAAAGUGGACAUGGCGUUGAAGCAGCUGGGACAGAUCCGGGAGUAUGAGCGACGUCUGAAAGGGCUGGAGCGGGAGGUCCAACACUGUAACCGGGUUCUGGAUUGGGUGGCCGAGGCCCUGAGCCGUUCUGCCUUGCUGCCACCAGGAGGGCCACCACCCCCAACUGGGCCCACAGACUGAGUGCUGCUGGUCUUCAGUGAGUAACCCCUAUAGGGAGUUUGGCUCCUAGAGUGAGGCCCAGCUGGACUCUACUUGUGCACCUAGCGGCCUUGUUCUUGAGGUGGACCCCAUGCUCCUGAACUAUACCUGGUCAGCUGUUGGGACCACCUUCUGGAGCGUCAUCCAUACACACCACAGAAGACCCGGAUUCUCCCAGGACCAUUCCUUCUCUGGGAGGAUCGAAUUCUGAGGCCUAGCACCCGCCUCCUUGAGGGCCUGCCACAGCAGGAGGAGGCUGGAGGGCCCAUGGAAUUACAGGGACCACAGACCCUAUUCACAGCUUCCCCACACUGGGGAAAUAAAGCUAUUUGAGAUGA